GGAAGUGCGUGAUGGAAGUUUCGCGCAAGUAGGAAGUAUGUUUAUUUACAGUGACAGGGCAGUGCGCCACUAACUAGAACUUCAUAGCUUUACAUUUGGUCAUUUCUCAUCGAUUGAGCUUCUUUUCCAACAUACCGUUUGAACUUGGUUUCUAUUUGUAGCGUUAAGCUUGAUGUCGACUUAUGCUAGUUUAGCUCAAUGCUAAGCUUAGUGGGGUUCACAACCUUGCCGUGUCUGUCACCACAGCCGACUCUCGCCGUCCGGUGGGAAGUUCAAGUGUAUUCACUGAAGGAGACAUGUUCCCCCGCUGUUCCGGCCAUGUGUCUACCAUCAACAUGGACUUCACCUCGCUGGUUUAGGCACUGUGGUCCACUGGUUGUUGAAGUUCCCUUCCGGAUGCUGGUGUGUCUUCAACAUUGAAACACCAGGAUGUUGGAAGGCCUGGUCGCCUGGGUGCUAAACACAUACCUUGGGAAAUAUGUGAGCAACCUGAACACUGACCAGCUGUCCAUCGCUCUUCUCAAAGGAGCGGUGGAGCUGGAAAAUCUCCCGCUAAGGAAAGAUUCAUUGAAGGAGUUUGAUCUUCCUUUUGAAGUCAAAGCAGGCUUCAUUGGGAAGGUCACCAUCCAGAUUCCUUUCUACCGACCUCAUUGUGACCCAUGGGUCAUUUCCAUGUCCCAGCUCAAUCUCAUAAUUGGACCUGCCUUGCUAAAAGAGCAUGAUGAAGACCAAGAAAAAGUGGACGAAAGGGAGCGCAAAAAAUGUCUUCUUAAGGCUGCUGAAGACAAAUUUAAAAGUGAAUUUGAACAAAAAGGGGAGUCUUACUGGUACUCUGUGACUGCCUCAGUGGUGACCAGAAUCGUUGAGAACAUUGAGCUGAAGAUCCAAGAUGUGCACCUGCGAUUUGAGGAUGACUUAUCCGACCCUGAGAAACCACUCUCCUUUGGGGUUUGCAUCAAAAACCUUUCUGCUCAGAAUCUCCAAAAAGAGACGGUCCAAAAGCUGCUCCGACAGAAGCAAAUGGAGAUUCAGGACUUCAGCGUGUACUGGGAUACACACAGUGAAAUGUUGGGGAAGCUGCCGGUGAAUCAGAUCCAGGAGGCAAUGAGCCAGUGCAUGCAGUCCCUGGAGCACCAGUACAUCUUUGAACCAGUGUGCGCUUCAGUGUUGCUCAGGAGAAACACCUCGAAGGAGCCUCUGCGCUCCCGACAUACCCCGAGAAUAGAGGGUCAAGUUCAGCUGGAGCCCAUGUCCUUUCGCCUCUCACAGGUUCAGUACCAGCAGAUCAUGGCAUUCUUCAAAGAACUGGACCUCCGGGAAAGACGGAUGCGUUACCACAAGUGGCGGCCUUCCGUUUCAGUCACUGGAAACUGCCGGCAGUGGUGGAUGUUUGCCAUCCAGGCCAAUCUAAAUGAGAUCAGGGAGCAGCGGCACAGACGGACCUGGAACUUUGCUCUGCAGCGGGCCAGAGAUGCGCAGACCUACACUAGCUUGUACUUCCACAGGCUCAAAGGGAUCCCACUCAGCCCUCAAGAGGAGAUUGAGAUUGAGCGUGUGGAGGAGGAGCAGACGCUGGACGAGCUGCAAAGUCUGAGAGAAAUCGUUUAUGAUUGGUUCCGAAAGCAAGAGGAAGUUGUUGUGGGUGUGAGAGACCCCAGCAGUGAGCUCGAGCCCUGCUCACCCACCUCAUCCAUCCCUCGCAGCCGAAGUUCCGGUAUGAUCCAGUACCUCCAGUCUUGGUUCCCUGGUUGGGCCGGCUGGUAUGGAGACUCUCAGAACCCAGACGGAGUCUCCGAUGAGUUCCUGCCUAGCCCUUCCUCCUGGGACAUUCUUGCGGAGACAGAAGAAUUUUUCGACCCUUGGGAGGACUCUCAGACCCUGAACACAUUUACACGCCGAGACUUCCUCUUCGCCAGGCUCGAGUUUUCAUUGCAGCGGGGUGGUAUCACCCUGUUCCACCAAGAUAAACAGAAAGAGGCUCUUGAUGAGAGUGGGCUCAUCCAGCUGGAGUUUUCAGAUGUAAACGUGAUUGUGGAGUCUCUUCCUCGUUCCGAGUCCUCUCUUCUUUCGGUUAAACUUGGUGGCCUGUUUCUGCGAGACCUGACCACGAAGGACACCAUCUUCCCGGUGUUGAUAUCUCAGAAGAUGGACAAGAAUUUUCUCUCCUCAAGUCAGCCGUUUGGACAGUCCCCCAGCUCCUCUGGUUGUGAUGAGCAGUGUUCUUCGUCGCCAGUGUUUGAAAUGCUUUAUGAGAGAAACCCUGUCAAGUGCAAAUUUGAAAGACGACUGGAAGUCAACACGAGUCCGCUCAACAUUAUCUACAAUCCCGAUGCAAUCAAACAAGUCAUUGAGUUCUUCUUCAAAGGGAAGGUUCACACCUCAGGUUUCGGGUACCAGUCGGAGUUGGAGCUGAGAGUGGCGGAGGCAGCGCGACGACAGUACAACAAGCUGAAGAUGCAAACCAAGGCUGAGAUCAGACAGACAAUCGAUCAGCUUCUCAUUGGGGAAUUUAUUGAAAGCUCCAAACGCUGGACCAUGAAGCUGGACAUCUGUGCUCCACAAGUGAUUUUUCCUGAUGAUUUCCAGUCAAAGGACCCCAUGUUAGUCGUUGUGGAUCUGGGCAGAAUCCUUCUCAGUAACUGUCAAGCUGACAGCAAGUCCUGCUCAAAGAGUGCUGAACCUGAAAGAGAGGACCUCAGUGAGGAUGAGUACCAGACGCCCCCUGCCACACCACCGGGCCACUCUCCAGAGUUAGAUGUGCCUUCAAAAGACUGGCCCAAAAGCCCUCAACUCUCCAACCCGGCCUCGCUUGAAAACAUUCAAGCCUACAGCAAAAAGCUUUAUGAAAAAUACACCCUGUCCUUUAAGGACCUUCAGAUAAUGGUGGGUCGCUAUGAGGACAACUGGAAACAUGUUCAGGAAAGUGAGGUGGGACCUACUCACGUGGUGGAGAAGUUCAACGUCCUCCUGCAGCUGGAGCAAAGGCUGCGCUACACCUCAGAUCCGGAUCUCCCUGGAGCUGUGCUGUCUGGAACUCUGCCUGAUUUAAAGGUCCACAUUAACCUGGAGAAGAUAACAGCGCUGAAGAACUGCCUCGCUCGGCUCAGCGGCCCUCAGAAGAGCGAAGAAGAAAGGAGACAAGAGAAGGACCAUCGCUUCCCUGAUAAGAUCUUCCAGAGGGAAGACAGCUCCUGGAAGCUCCAGGGUUCUGCUAAGAACUUGACCCAGAGUGUAAUUACAUUGGAGCAGCACACGAGAGAAGUUCUAGUGGAGUCCCGUCUGCUGUUGGCGGAAUUCACAAUCAACCACAUGCAGCUGGGUGUGGAAAGUGAUGGCAGGUACAUUUCUGUUCUCAAGGUCUUUGGCACAAAUGCUCACUUUGUCAAGCGUCCGUACGAUGCUGAGGUCUCCCUCACAGUCCUGGGCCUUCUCCUUGUGGACACCUUACAAACCUACGGCUCCGACUUUGACCUCCUGGUGGCUUCUCAUAAACAUCUCAGCUUUGACAUACCGACCGGCAGUCUGCGGGAAAGUCAGCCCUCAUCCCCGGUGUCGCCUGGAGCACGGGACAAUACAUCCACAGGGUCUUCAAAAAUAGUGAAGGACACGGGCUCCCUCUUUAACUCUGUUCUCAAUGACCAAGAGGCGCUCAUCAAACUGGAGUACCAGUUUGUGAGCUCAGACUGCCCCACAAUGAACCUGGACAGCUCUCUUCAGGUCGUGAGUUUGCAGGUGAACAACCUGGACAUUAUUGUGAACCCAGAGACCAUUGUCGAGCUGCUGAAGUUUCUCCAGAAAGCUUUCCCGAAAGAGGAGAGCUCCUGGGCGUCGGCGCACCACCAUUCAGACCCCAGCCAAGAAGAGAAUGAGACCUUUCAGGCCACGUACGACCAGAACAAGGAGCUAACCGUGGAGAUCCACCGGCUCAACCUGCUGCUUCUUCGGACCGUCUCCAGUGGGGCCGUCUUGGGGACUGACAAGAAAGGUUUGAAAAUCGCCACUGCAAGCAUCACUGGGACCAAAGUGAACAUGUCCAUGGGGAGUCGGUUGGACAUCAGUGGGUCAGUGGGGUCGUUGCAGCUGGUGGAUGUCACUCAGGAAGGAGGGAGAAGCCAGUUUGUGAUCAGCAUUGGCAACGUUGAGGACAGUACCUCCGGCUUGGCCUUUCUAGCCGAGUCAGAGUUUUGCCCGUUGGAAGCUUUAAAUUUCCACUUGUUGGAGAAAUCUCAGGGGAUCUGCUCUUUGCACCUUAAAAUGGCGUCGCUACAUUAUAACCACUCGGCUAAGUUCCUGAAAGAGCUGAGUCUUUCCGCCAAUGAAGUCGAAGACAAUUUCCGCACCAUGCUGAAAAGCGCUGCUACCAAAGUGUCCACUGUCCUCGCCACCAAGACGGCGGAGUACAGUGGCAUGUUCUCCCUGUUCGAAACCCCCCCACGCCGAAGCCGGACUCACAGUCAGAACUUUGCUUAUUCCUUUGAUGACGACCUGGAUGUGCCGGUGGAGGAGCCGGAGUCCAGUUUAGACACCUUUUUUAAGAAGCUAACCCUCAACAUCGAUAUUGAAUCCCCUGUUGUGUCCAUCCCUCGGAAACCGGGGCACCCCGAGCUCUUGGUUGGGCACCUGGGGAGCAUCAUGAUCGAAAAUUUUGUCACCGGACAAGGCUCUAAAGGGGAGCGCCUGCAGGUCUUUGUGAAAGACAUACGGCUGUAUUCUGUUAACAUCAGCAGUUUGGCGCCCAAAAAGACUUCGAAAGGGUCACAACCCUGCAGUGGCUUACAUGAGGAACCACAGUUCACACGGCAAAACUUCUUCGAGUCUCUAAACAAAGGGAAUGCUUUUCAUAUUCUGAAAGACACAACGAUACAGUUCACGAUUGAGAAGGCUGAGGACGAAGACGCCCCGUUCACCUUUCUCACCGUGGAGGAGCCGUGCAAGAGUAACGGGCUCAUGAGAGUUGAGGGGAAGUUUGUCAAACCUGUUCAGGUUUUCCUCUCCAAAGCGGUGUAUGAGCAAGUCCUCCAGACUCUGGAUAAUUUGUCUCUCAUCGAUGGGCAACGUGCCACUCCCAGCCAGCCUCCCACGCCGCCUCCCCCAACGCCGUCGUCCACCCGACCUCAUCGUUUUCCCGACCUGCACGGCGGGAUGUUCGCCAAAGACCCGCCGUAUUCCAGCUUCUCCCACCCCAUGCUCUCCUCACCUUCCCCCCUGCAGUCACACAAGUCCACAUUUGAGUCCGAGUCCUUCACUCAGCUGAAUAUCACCUUGCACAUCGCUGAGUUGGAGGUCCAGCUGAGUGCGGACCUGACCCAGGGAUCCCAAGGACUUGUUAGUUUGCGAUUUCAGGAUCUGAAAGGAGACUUCACAAAAAACCACCCUGACCUGCUGGAGGUCCAGCUGACUCUGCGCUCUCUGCUCAUGGAAGAUCUCCUGGAGCAGAAUCCAGAAUCAAAAUACAAACAUCUAAUGGUGUCACGAGGAGCUCCCAAGCCCACCUCCUUCUAUACCAAGGAGUAUCUUUCCCAAAGCUGCCCCUUGACAUCUAACGCUCAGUGCCCUGAGAUGCCUCGCUCCUUGCCGUCCCACAUGGAGGAAGCACGGAAUGUUUUCCAGCUCUAUCAAAGACAUCCCAGCACCCCUUCAGCGGGCAGCCGCAAAUCCAAACGGGAUCCCGAGUGCCCCAGCACUCCUCCACCCUCCCCCACCCACCAGACGACCGCUGCCGACCCCCCAGACUUUGACGACUCUUUAGUCCAUGUCAACAUUCUACUGGUUGACCAGAAACAUCCAGAGUUCGGAACACGCUACGGAGGCGUGGGAAGGAGCGUGGACAUCGACUUCAACUGUCUGGACGUCUUGAUCACGCUGCAGACGUGGGUGGUCAUUCUGGAUUUCUUUGGGAUUGGCUCGACUGCCAACAAUCAUGCGGUGAAAGUCCCCCCGGUGCCACCGGAUCCUUUGCCAGAACAUUCUCUUUAUGAGCCUGACUUGGAUGAGGAGGAGGCUGUGGAAGCUGUGAACACUAAAGUAGAUAUUAAGGUCCAUUCACUGUCCCUGGUCCUGAACAAGAAGCUCAAUGAGAUUGCCAGAGCCAGUGUGUCGAAAUUAUCCGCUCAUCUGGAAAUGUUGGAUGGCAACAUGGCGUUGCAAGGCAGUUUAGGAACCUUGUCCCUGAGUGAUCUGACCCCACACGGGGAUCUCUACAGGGAACGCUUUACCACUCAAGGAGGAGAGGCUCUGGUUUUCAACAUCCUCAAAUAUGGCCUCCCUGAUCCCUAUUUGGAGCGGGAGUGUGACAUUAAAGUCUCUCUGGAGAUGGCGUCUGUACAGUAUGUGCACACUCAGCGCUUUCAGGCGGAGGUGGUUGCCUUUAUCCAACAUUUCACACAACUACAGGAUGUGCUUGGCCGACAAAGGGCUGCCAUGGAAGGCCAGGCUGUCAGGGAUCAUCCUCAGCGAGGAUCCAGAGUUCUUCUGGACAUCCAUGCUGGCGCACCUGUCAUACUGAUACCAGAAAGUUCUCGCUCCACAAGGGUCAUCGUGGCUAAUCUCGGACAGUUGAGGGUGCAGAACUGCUUCUUGCCUGCAGGUUCUUAUGGGACCUUCUCCCUCAAAGACAAGGACCUUGUGGGAAGGAGGGGUGAGCAGGAUUGGCUGAAAACUCCUAUGACAUCUUCAACUGGCUUCACUCUGAAUAAGCCAAGCCCUCGAUCCCCUGAGGCAGCUGCGCCGCACAGCGACGAAGCACAAGUUCCACUUUUAGACUGCAUUUCACUAGACCUACAGCAGAUGGACAUCUUUGCUGCGGAGCGACAGCCAUCCCAGCUCUGGGACAAUCCUGCGGAACUUACCGACCUCCUCUUUCCCUCCUACUGUGUCCGUCGAACGGGAGGCACCCUCCUUAGAGACCGCUGCCGCCUCCAGCUCAAAGUGGAACGCAAUCUUGACAGGGAGCUCACCCAUGCUGUGCCCGACAUGUCGAUCUAUGGCAGCCUGUCCUCAGUCCACUGCUCAGUGGACCUGGAGCACUACAAGCUGAUUCGAGGCCUUCUAGAAAACAACCUCGGGGAGCCCAUUGAGGAGUUCCUGCGGCCCUAUAACCUACAAGACCCCAGCACAUACACGGUGUUAAGCGGAGAUGUCUACAAAAACUUCUCUUUUCUGGUGGACAUGAUGGACGUUAGCCUGGAGCUGCUGGACAGCAAGAUCUCAGAGGGUUCCCUUGCUAGGUUCGACUUCAUGAAGUCCAAGUUGCUCUUUGAAAGCUUCUCAAAUGGAUCAAAGUCGAUCAACUUGGUGUCUCACUCGUUGCUAGCCUACGACACAAGAGGCAGCGAGCCACCCAAAAGCACCAGUGCUGCCGACGGAUCCAAAAAAAAUGUGUUUGAUUGUAUUCUCCAGCCGUCUAAAACCGGUUCAAACCGGGCCACUCUGCAGCUGGAGCUCCAUUACAGAUCCACGCGCGACUCCUCCUCCUUCACUGUGGUUCUGAACAAUCUCCGGGUUUUCGUUAUCUUUGACUGGUUCCAGCUUGUGAGUGACUUCCUCCGGGUGCCAGUGGAAAAGCCAUCAGGUGUGUCUGAAUCGGGUCAGCGUUGUCCCAGCAGUGGUACCUCUGACACUGCUUCCAACCCUGCUGGCGCUGUCAUGCCAAAAACAGUGAAGAGUGGCGUCGUCACCAAGAGGUCCACUGUGCCCGUCACUCAAGACUACCGUAUUGAGGUCAAGAUCAAUGUCACGGGUACGGAAUUUGUGGUUGUGGAGGACUCGUCCUGCUUGGACACCAACGCCAUCAUCCUGAAAGGAACCGCGGUGCUGACGUACAAGCCCCGCCUGUUGGACCGGCCCUUCUCUGGCAGCCUCGCUGGCAUUGAGGUCUUCUCCUGUCGCCUGGGCAGCGAGAAGGAGACGGCGCUUUCCAUCAUCGACCCUGUCAAUGUUCAGAUGGAGCUGUGCGGCAGCCCCACCUACCAGCCGAGCUCCGGCCUGCUGGAUGCCUUCAAUGUUGAAGAAAUCCCACCGUUGCUGGAGAUCCAGUUGCCAUCUGUGGACAUCCGACUGUCGUACAAUGAUGUCCAGCUUUUCCUGGCCAUUGCCAAGACCUUCCCAACUGCCAGCUCCUCCUUAUCUGCUCCUGAAAUCAGCAGGGCGUCUGCAGAUAAGCCGAUAGAAGGGAAGAAAACAAAGAAUUUAACCUUAGUAGAUGGGCAGCUAAUCCACCUGCAAGAUCUUGGCUUCAGGAAGGAAGACUGCAAAAGAGCUCUCAUUCACUGUAAAGGCCAGAUGGACCAGGCGGCUGCAUGGCUUCUGGAGAACGCAGAGAACAUGGUGGGCCAGCGCCGAGGCCCCUCUGACUCCAGUCACGCUGCCUCUCUGUCUGGUGUGGAGGUGAAGGCUGACAGCAUCUGCAUCUGUUUCAUCGAUGACUGCCUGGACUGUGACAUUCCUCUGGCUGAGCUCACCUUCUCGAGGCUGUCUGUGCUGCAGCGAAUCGGCUCCUCACAGGAAGGCACCGCCAGCUUCACUCUGUCCGCUGACUACUACAACAGAGAACUGUCAGGUUGGGAGCCUGUGAUCGAGCCCUGGCCCUGCUUCCUGUCAUGGCAGCAACAGGCGGCCGGCCGCCUCCAUCCAUCGCGUCUGAAGAUGGGAGUGCGAGCCAAGCAGCGGCUGGAUGUCAACAUCACAUCUGUCCUCCUCGAUCAAUACAACACGACCAAGAGCUCCUGGAUUGCAGACUACUGGAAGCAGGAAGAGACUGCAUCCCCGUCGUCAUCGCGCUCGCCGAGGACGAGCUUGGCUGAAAUGCCCUUUGGACAGAGUGUGAAGAUGUCCAAAAGGAGACAGCCGUUUGUGCCGUACGCGCUACGUAACCAUACAGGAUGCACCAUGUGGUUCGCCACGCUGACUACAACCCCGACAAGGGUGGCGCUGUCUCACAGCAGCAGCGCAGACUCCAUCGCUGAUGGCCACGGACCUGCCACAGACGACAGCCACAAUGUCAGCCAGUGGCGGGAGGUGCUGCCUGGAGAGGAGAUCCCGUUUGAGUUCGAGGCUCGGGAGAAACUCCGCCAUCGACACACGCACGAGCUGAAGCUGCACCAGCUGCUGGUCCGAGUCUGUGGAUGGGAACAAGUGAAGCCGGUGUCUGUGGAUAAAGUGGGCAUCUUCUUCCGUUAUGCGGCACCUGACAGGAACAGCUCUUCCAACACGGUUGGCAGCCCCAUCAGCCGGACCAACAUCAUCCACCCGCACGUCUACUUUUCAGCGCUGCCUCCUGUCAGGGUGGUCUUCGCCAUCACACUAGAAGGCAGCGCCAGGAAGGUCAUCACCGUCCGCUCCGCUCUGAUGGUGAAGAACCGGCUGGAUGUUCCCAUGGAAAUCAGGCUGGACAGCCCCUCAGCUCCUGACAAGCCGGUGGUGCUGCCUCCCAUUCUUCCGGGUCAGGCUCUGGCGGUGCCGCUCCACCUGACCUCAUGGCGCCUGCAGGCUCGGCCCAAAGGCAUGCAGCUGUUCUUCUGCAAAGUUCCCAUCCACUGGACGAGCGUGGACCGGGCCGGAGAGAUCAGCAGCACCAAGAGAGAGUGCCAGUCGGCGGAUUUCGAUGACAACCUGAAACCGGUCUUCAGGUAUUCUGUGGUGGUCAAAAAGGAAAACUACCCGGAGCAGCAGCCUGCCAAGAGGGCUUCUGGGAACACCAAGCAAAUCUAUCAGCAGCCGGGACACACCAUCUUCCUGCUGCCCACCAUGGUGCUGGCCAACCUGCUGCCCUGCAACCUCUCCUACUACAUCAAGGGCACAUCCAUCAAAGGGACCUUGAAACCCGGGAAAGAGGCGGUGCUUCACUGCGCGGACACCUCCCAGAACAUGGAGCUAGGUGUCAUCCUGGACAGCUUUCCCGUCUGCAAGGAGCUUCUCAUUCCUCCUGGAACUCAGAACUACGUGGUCCGGAUGAGGCUGUACGACACCAACAAGCGGCUUCUUUGCCUGACCAGUCGCAUCAUCCUGCGUGCACAGGGGGCGCUGAAGAUCCUCAUAUCAGCGCCGUACUGGCUGAUCAACAAAACAGGGCUGCCCUUGAUUUUCCGCCAAGACAACGGGAAGGCGGACGCGGCCGGCCAGUUUGAGGAGCAUGAAUACGCCCGCAGCUUGAGCCCAUUGCUCUUCUGCUAUGCUGAUAAAGAGCAGCCGGCCAUGUGCACUAUGCGUAUUGGGAAAGGCAUUCACCCGGAUGGCGUGCCAGGCUGGUGCCAGGGCUUCUCCCUGGAUGGUGGCAGUGGCGUCCGAGCCGUGAAGGUCAUCCAGCAUGGCAACAGACCUGGACUCAUCUACAAUAUCGGCAUCAGUGUGAGGAAAGGGAAAGGCAGGUACCGAGACAGUCACAUCGUCACCUUCUCUCCACGCUACCUGCUGGACAACCGCUCUUCGCACAAGCUCGCCUUCGCCCAGCGCGAGUUUGCCCGGGGACAGGGCACCGCCAACCCUGAAGGUUAUAUCUCCACGCUGCCGGGUUCCAGCGUCGUCUUCCACUGGCCACGCAACGACUACGACCAGCUGCUCUGUGUGCGCCUGAUGGACACUCCAAACUGCACCUGGUCGGGGGGGUUUGAGGUCAACAAGCCCAGGUCCUUCCAUGUCAACAUGAGAGACACACUGGGGAAUUGCUUCUUCCUGCGGACAGAAAUCACCCUAGAGGGCGCCACCUACCAGAUCACCUUCACCGACUCCAGCCAUCUGCCCCCGCCGUUCCGCAUCAACAACAUCUCUGAGGUGCCGGUCCAGUUCUGGCAGCACGGCGUGGUGGACAUGCGGCUGCACACGGACGUGAAGUCCGGGUGCUCCCUGGAUUACGCCUGCGAUGAGCCCACGUUACCGCCGUACCUCACCAUGAUCGUGAAGGGAGCUGGCUCCUCCGAGGUCACCGCGGAUAUGAACUUCUUCAGGGAAUACAACAAACUCUACUAUGAGAAUUUCAUCUACAUCGCAGCCACCUACACAUUCUCCCAGAGUACAGAGAAGAGGCCAGUCGGGAAGGUGCGCCCGGUCACCUAUGCUGAGCUGGUCCUCGAUGUGGACUCUACAACACAGCGUGUCAUCCUCAAAAAGAAGGAGCCCGGAAAACGUUCCCAGCUGUGGAGGAUGACCGGCUCUGGCAUGCUGUGUCACGAAGGUUCAUCUCCACCUCAGAGUAAACCAGCCCAGCCCCGACCUCUGGAGUCCUCUCUGGUGCUGGACAUCGCUGGCCUUGCUGCUGUCAGUGACAACUGCUACGAGCCCCUCAAGCUGCGGAAGCCGGACCCGCGCCGCAGCACCACUCAGACCUGGUACUUCAGCUCAGGAAUGCUGACCUGCGGUCUUCCCCGCCUGGUCGUUCAGGUGAAGAACGGCGUGGCAGGUCUGGUGGACGGAGCCCAGGUGGUGCUGGGACCCGACUCAGGUCUACUGGAUCCCGUCCCGGAGCAGCAGUUCAUCAACCUCAAGAUGAGACCGGGCUCUGGCGUGCUGUCCGUCCAGGUGCUGCCAGAUGGACCCACACGCGUCCUACAGAUAAGCGACUUCAAUCACCGGAGGGUGGCCCCGCCCUCACCCUCGCCCUCGGCGGAGCCCGACAGGAGCAAAGAAGAGGUGCAAAAGACGGAGCAGGAGAUGGAGGUGCUGGUGAACCUGGAGGAAGGCGUGGGUCUGUCUCUGGUCAACAAGGUUCCUGAGGAGCUGGUGUUCGCCUCUCUCGCUGGGAUCAAUGUGCACUUCACCCGCACGGCCGCCAAUGAGUUGUUGGAGCUGAAUGUUCAACACAUCCAGGUGGACAACCAGCUGCUGGGCACCACGCAGCCGGUGAUGCUGUGCGUGACCCCCAACUGCAGCGGUGAGAACGGCGAGUCUGGCCCCGCCCUCCAGGUCAACUACCUCAAAGUUCCCAGCAGCCUCAUCCUCACAGACCUGUUCAAGCACCUGAUGGUGACCGCUCAGCGCUACACCAUCAUCAUAGAGGAGAAGCUGCUGCUGAAGCUGCUCAGCUUCUUCGGCUACGGAGAGACGGAGGCCGAGCUGGAGAAGCUGGACGAGAACUUCCACGAGAGGCCGAGCGAAAGCGAGGAACCACCCAAACGCUACUAUUUUGAGAACCUGAAGAUCAGCCUCCCGCAGGUGAAGCUGAGCGUCUUCACCUCGCACAAGCUCCCCGCGGAUCUGAAGGCCCUGAAGGGCACGCUGGGCUUCCCCCUGGUGCGCUUCGAAGACGCCGUGGUCAACAUGUACCCCUACACCAGGGUGCACCCCUAUGAGACGCAGGACAUCAUCAUCAGCGACAUCCUCAAGCACUUCAGAGAGGAGCUGAUCAGCCAAGCCGCUCAGAUCCUGGGCUCCGUGGACUUCCUGGGGAACCCCAUCGGCCUCCUCAACGACGUCACCGAGGGCGUGUCCGAGCUCAUCAAGUACGGGAACGUGGGAGGCCUGAUCCGCAACGUGACCCACGGCGUGUCCAACUCUGCAGCCAAGUUCGCAGGGACUCUGUCGGACGGGCUGGGGAAGACCAUGGAUAACCGCCACCAGAAUGAGAGGGAGUACAUCAGGUACCACGGCGCCACCAGCGGGGAGCACCUGGUGGCUGGAAUCCAUGGCCUUGCUCACGGAAUCAUCGGCGGCAUGACCAGCAUCAUCACAUCCACAGUGGAGGGGGUGAAAACAGAAGGCGGGGUCAGCGGGUUCUUCUCCGGGCUCGGUAAAGGCCUGGUGGGAACUGUCACCAAGCCGGUGGCCGGAGCGCUGGACUUUGCCUCGGAGACGGCGCAGACGGUGCGGGACAUGGUCAGCCUCAGCAACCACAGACAAGGCAUGCACCGCGUCAGGAAGCCGCGCUGCUGCAAUGGGCACCAGGGCCUCCUGCCGCGAUACUCCGCCACUCAAGCCGACGGCCAGGAGCAGCUCUUCCACCUCACGGACAACAUCCACUCAGAGUUCUUCAUCGCCGUGGAGCUCAUCGACAGUUACUGCGUGCUCAUCUCCUCCAAGGUGGUCUACUUCCUGAAGCCUGGAGAGUUUGUGGAUCGCGAGGCCAUCUUCCUGGAGGUCAAGUACGACGACCUCUACCACUGCCUCGUGUCCAAGGACCACGGGAAGGUUUACGUGCAGCUGACGAAGAAGGCCGAGAGCACCAGCAGCGGGGUGGCCAUCCCGGGACCUCCGCACCAGAAGCCCAUGGUUCAUGUCAAGAACGAGUCUCUGGCCAUAAAAAUCUCCCAGGAGAUCAACUAUGCAAAGAGCCUGUACUACGAACAGCAGCUCAUGCUGCCCGCCACUGACAACGAGGACAGUCUGCUCCUGGAGUCGUGAUCGCGGACGACCUUUGACCUUUGUCUCCCUCAGUAUUUCAAUGCAGCAGUAGGUCUCCAGGCAAAUCGUUCUUCAAAGACUCUGAAAGACUCUGACACAGUGGACGGUGUGUCUGUUCUUUUAAAACGGGUUUGUGUGUGCGUGCGUGAGUGUCUCUCUGUCUGUGUGUGAGUGAGUGUGUGUGUCCUCAGAAAUAAAGAACUGACUGACUGUGUCUCCAGGAUGGAUUUUAUUUAAUAAAAUAGUCAAACACUAAAGAGUUUCAUUGUGACAAGUGCUUCCUACAGCAGUGAGGAGAUUCACAGCUUCUGUUGCAGCAGUUUCAGAUCAGGGAGGACAGACUGGUUUCUGUAUAUUGCUACUCUGAUUCUUCAGCGUCACAGUUCAGGACAGAUCAACAAUUGAAGGAAGGAGGCGAGUCAUGUGCGGUUUGAUCAGUCUCCUCUCAGUUCAGCGUCAUCGAAGCUCAUCUGAACCUGAACUGACCGCGUGAGCAGCGACACAUGUUUAUGUUUAGCGCCUGGCUCCUCCUGACCUUCAGCGAACAUGACGCCG